AUGAUAAAUAAGCAACAACAAAAGACUUCACUUCAAAUUUUAGUAGAUGAUGAAAUUUCAAAAUGUAUCAAACCCACGAAAAUCAAUUUGUUCACAGCAUUAUGGAAUCAGCAGCAAAUAAUUUGGGAAAAAAAUGUAGAAGUGGAAAAAGUGAAGGUAGAAGUGGAAAAAGUGAAGGUAAAAGUGAAAGAGGAAGAAAAAAAAUUAGUAGAACAACUUUUGAGCCGAGCACAAUUGGACUAUUUAAAACUUAAGGGCGCAGUUCAUAUUCGAGGAGUUUUUGAGAGGUGGGAAGACAUUUCGUUGGAUCCUAAUGACAGUUCACGAUUUAAACGGUGGAAAAGAUAUCUGGAAAAAAAUGACAACGAGAACUUAAAAAAAUUCCAGAGUUUCUGGAACUGGGAGAAGGCUGUGAACAGUGAAGAUGUGGCAAAUGAAAUGAAAAAAUUCUAUAAUUGGUUAUCUAUAAAAAUUCAUAACUCUUGUGCAACGGUAGAGUGGCGAAGGGUAGAAUUACCGAAAGAAUGGUCUAAAGUUGCCGAAUUCAUGUGUGAUGACAUUAAAAUACCUUAUAAAAUUAUUGAUGAAGAAGUUGUUGAGUUGGAGUAA